AUGCUGUCAUAUUUCAAAUCUACGCCAACAAUCCAAGAAUUGGAAACCUUCACAAAUGAAAUGGAUUCAAUAGUGAAAUUCCUCCAUAAUCAAUCAAAAUCACUUGCUGAAGUCGGUCCGCCAUUAUUAAAGAUUGUUGCUGUCGAAGCACCUGAUUUCAAAGUGUUUUUCGAGCAUAUUGCAGAAAUUUAUGACAAACUUUUACGAUUAUACGAACGUACAUCCAAAGAUCUCUCCAGAUCUCUUGAAGAAUUUAAAGAUAUUAAUAGAAGAUAUGUCGUAGUCAAGAGAUUGGAGAAUGAACGCUUGUCAUUUAAGUCACAAUUCGAUGAUGCAUGCAAAUUGGUCGAUAAAACAUACAAAGGAAUGAAACCAGAAGAUCCAAAUUCUCUGGCAUCUUAUAAUCAACUUCAAGGAAAACGCGCAGAAGCGGCAAAGAAGUUAUACAAUGCUGAUAAAGCACUCAUUGAAUAUCAAAAGCGCUUCCAAAAGUUCUAUAUUCGUAAGGUCAAAACAGGAUGGCUAAUGUAUUCGCAAUCAUUCUCAUAUUUCUAUGUCUGUGAAGGCUCAUUGUAUAAUGAACUUGCACAGCUGUUCAAAUCUAUUCGCGACCAUGCAUUCGAACCAAAUAAAAUUUUAUCAAAACUUAAUAUCAAAGUUCCUGAGCCAUUAUCUCCACAAAAUGGAUCAACCUCAGUACCACAAUCCAACAGCUUCGAUGUACCCCCUGUUCCUGCUGCAAUUAUCAAUAGUUCUGAUGUACCACUUUCAGCUAAGCAACAAAAGGAACUUUCAGCUGCGAAGAAGCAGCAAAGGAAGCAAGACACUCCACAACAAAAGCAGCAGCAACAACAAUCACAACAACAACAACAGCAAAAGGGAGGCAAAUCUGCAAAUCAAAAAUCAAAUCAACAAAAAGGCCAAAAGAAGAAAGCUCAACAGCAGAAACAGCAAAAGUUAAGUGAAGAUGAAGCUCUUCCAGUUCCAGAUAAUCUUUCUGACGAAGAAAAGAAGACAACAAAUAACAAAUCAGAUGAAGAUCUUCAAGAGCUUGUCAAUGAAGAUGAAUACAUUGCAAAUGCUCAGGCCUCAAAUAAAAACAAACAAAACAAAAAGAACGGAAAAGGAAAAAUGAAACAAGAAGUCAAAUCAAGAGAUAUUUUGUUUGAAGAAGCUGCAAUUAAUGAAACAAAAGCAGAAGAAGAUGAAAUUAAAGUGAUCGAAACCAAUAAACCACAAGAAGAAAAGAAGGAAGAGAUAUUAGUUGUUGAUGAGAACAAACAAGAAAAUUCAACAACACCAACAGAGGAGAAGAAAGAGGAAGUUGUUCCAGUUGAAGAAAACAAGGAAGACAAUACAUCUGCUGUAGCUCAAGAAACCACAGUCGAAGAGAAGAAGGAAGAAGAAACUCCUGUUGAGGAGAAGAAGGAAGAAGAAACUCCAGUAGAAGAGAAGAAGGAAGAAACUCCAGCUGAAGAGAAGAAGGAAGAAACUCAAGCUGUUGAGGAGAAGAAGGAAGAAACUCCAGCUGUAGAAGAAAAGAAGGAAGAAACACCAGCUGUUGAGGAGAAGAAGGAAGAAACACCAGCUGUUGAGGAGAAGAAGGAAGAAACUCCAGCUGUAGAAGAAAAGAAGAAGGAAGAAACUCCAGCUGUAGAAGAAAAGAAGAAGGAAGAAACUCCAGCUGUAGAAGAAAAGAAAGAAGAAACACCAGCUGUUGAGGAGAAGAAGGAAGAAACUCCUGUAGAAGAGAAGAAGGAGGAAGAAACUCCAGCUGUAGAAGAAAAGAAGAAGGAAGAAACUCCAGCUGUAGAAGAAAAGAAAGAAGAAACACCAGCUGUUGAGGAGAAGAAGGAAGAAACUCCUGUAGAAGAGAAGAAGGAGGAAGAAACUCCAGCUGUAGAAGAAAAGAAGAAGGAAGAAACUCCAGCUGUAGAAGAAAAGAAAGAAGAAACACCAGCUGUUGAGGAGAAGAAGGAAGAAACUCCUGUAGAAGAGAAGAAGGAAGAAGAAACCCCAGCUCAAGAGAAGAAGGAAGAAACUCCAGCAACAGAAGAGAAGAAGGAAGAAGAAAGUCCAGUUGCUGAAGAGAAGAAGGAAGAAGAAACUCCAGUUGCUGAAGAGAAGAAGGAAGAAGAAACUCCAGCUGUAGAAGAGAAGAAGGAAGAAGAAACUCCAGUAGAAGAGAAGAAGGAAGAAGAAACUCCAGCUGAAGAGAAGAAGGAAGAAGAAACUCCAGUAGAAGAGAAGAAGGAGGAAGAAACCCCAGCUGAAGAGAAGAAGGAAGAAACUCCAGCAACAGAAGAGAAGAAGGAAGAAGAAAGUCCAGUUGCUGAAGAGAAGAAGGAAGAAGAAACUCCAGUUGCUGAAGAGAAGAAGGAAGAAGAAACUCCAGCUGUAGAAGAGAAGAAGGAAGAAGAAACUCCAGUAGAAGAGAAGAAGGAAGAAGAAACUCCAGCUGAAGAGAAGAAGGAAGAAGAAACUCCAGUAGAAGAGAAGAAGGAAGAAGAAACUCCAGCUGAAGAGAAGAAGGAAGAAGAAACUCCAGUAGAAGAGAAGAAGGAAGAAGAAACUCCAGCUGAAGAGAAGAAGGAGGAAGAAACCCCAGCUCAAGAGAAGAAGGAAGAAACUCCAGCUGUUAAAGAGAAGAAAGAAGAGGUUGCUCCUCAGCAACCACAAAACAGAAAUAAUAAUAAUAACAAUAACAGAAAUAAGAAUAAUAGAAAUAACCGCAAGAAAGGUAAGAAAGGCCGUCGUUAG